GUCACCAAAUUAAAGCUCCACUCUCUUCACGCAUUAUCGUAUUCUACAUAUACUUACCUAGCUAGCCAUAUAGUGUAGGUGUAGAAUACAAAUAUAGAUAGAAUGGCGGUGGAAUUCCCGGCGGCCGGCAGCGAUUUCAAAGUGCGGGAACGACUCCGGUCAAAUGUGGUAGAAGUGGUCAACCUCUCUCUCCUUGUGCUCUUCUUCUUCCUCGUGGAAUUUUCCUUCGCUGUCGUCAUCCUAAAUCAUAAUGCUACGGCGGCGGCAGGAGUUAGUUGUUGUGUCUUGACGACGACGACCCUGCUCCUGCUCUACUACGCCUCCGUCGCCGUCCUCGGCCGUCCGGCGAUUUACGUGGUGGACUACGUGUGCUACAAGCCCCCGAGCUGCCUGAGAGUUCCCUUCUCUUGGUUCCAGGAGCACCUCCCCGUGGCCGGCAUCUUCGACGGGAACUCCAUAGCCUUCAUGACCAAACUCCUAAGCCUGUCCGGGCUGAGCGAGGAGACCUACCUGCCACCGGCCCUCCACUACAUGCCUCUGAGACCGGCCGACAACCACCGGGAAGCCAUGGAGGAAGCCCGGAUGGUGCUGUUCCCCAUCUUCGAGCAGCUGCUGUCGGGCAACGGGCUGUCCCCCGGUGACGUGGACAUCCUGGUGGUGAACUGCAGCGGGUUCUGCCCGGACCCGUCGCUGGCGUCGAUGGUCGUCAGCAGGUUCGGCAUGAGAGAGGACGUCAGGUGCUUCAACCUCACCGGAAUGGGGUGCAGCGCCAAUACGGUGGCGGUGGACAUUGUGAGGAACAUGAUGGUGGCGUCGUCUUCCCGCCCGCGCCGCCGGACGUACAACGCUGUCAUUCUCAGCACUGAGAUCUUGUCCACAGAAGAAGUUUCUUGACAAGUCCGCGGAGAUAUACGUCCCCAAUUUCAAGUCGGCGAUACAGCACUUCUGUUUCCCGGCGACCGGAAAGUCGGUCGUCCGGGAGACGGCGAAGAGGCUGAAGUUGGGAGAGGAGGAUAUGGAGCCGGCAUUGAUGGCAGUGUACAGGUUUGGGAACCAAUCGUCGGCGUCACUGUGGUACGAGUUGGCUUACUUGGAGGCUAAAAACAGAGUGAAGAAAGGGGACAGGAUUUG